CUCAUUCGCAAACUAUACAGCUAGACAUAUUCGUUUACUCUUUUUCAUGUAACGUGUUUUAUAUUGGUGGUUGUUUAAAUAUUAGUUAUAAAUCCGCAUGAUACAGUAUUUUUACAAUAUUCGAGCAAUCGUUUAUAUAACAGACUCAUAAUUACUUCGGAUUUGAUAAAAAACAUAGUGUUAUCGGCAUCCGGCAGAAGUCGAAUACAUACUUUGUUCUAACUGGUUUGAAAUGAUAUAGCUCUACAAUGAACGGCGAAAAGAUGAAUACGAACAACGUCGAAGCCGAAUACAUGGAUAUUGCCAACAGAAAUGCCUGGACGAUUACUUAUCAAAAAAUUGGAAGCGAGUGUCAAUUAUACCCCUACACAUGUACAGAAGCGAAAAAGCCUCAAAACAGACCUCUGAACCGCUACAGAGAUGUCAACCCGUAUGAUCAUAGCCGUGUCAUACUUAAAAGAUGUGAAGGAGACUACAUCAAUGCAAAUUUGGUCAAGAUGGAUCGCGCGAACCGCAAGUACAUUCUCACUCAGGGGCCACUCGUGGGCACCGUCGGUCACUUCUGGUUGAUGGUGUGGGAACAGAACAGCCGCGCUAUACUCAUGCUGAACAAGAUAAUUGAGAAGAACGAGAUAAAGUGUCACUGGUAUUGGCCGUACGGUAUCGGUGAGCAACAGAAACUGGUACUCGACGAAAUCAAGCUGACCAUAGAACAGAUCAGCGAGGAAGACUGCAACUACUACACCACUAGGGUCUUUAGGAUCUUCGACAUGGAGAGUUCUGAGAGUCGCGAGGUGAUACAGUUCCACUACACGACGUGGCCGGACUUCGGAGUGCCGUCAUCGCCUGUGGCUUUCCUCGAGUUCCUCAAGAAGGUGCGGCUGUCGGGAGCCCUGGAGGCCGACGUGGGGCCCCCGAUUGUCCACUGCAGCGCUGGAAUCGGACGCUCCGGGACGUUCUGCUUGGUGGACUCGUGUCUCGUUAUCAUCGAGAAGGAAGGUCUGGAGGGUGUAAACAUCCAACAGAUCCUGCUGGAGAUGCGGCGGGAUCGCAUGGGACUGAUCCAGACGCCUGACCAGCUACGAUUCUCGUACCAGGCGAUCAUUGAGGGUGCGAAACGCUUCGAUCCCAAUUGGAAGGAAGACGGCAAGAUGGAGGAGAGCAUAUACUCGAGUGUGGCUGAGGAGGCCGAGGAGGAGGCUCCGCCCCCGCCGCCCCCGCGCGCCGAAAGCCUCUCCAAGGCGCCAGCGAGACCGCUCCCAGCCAUACCCAAUAGUGCCUCACUCGGCAACCUCAACUACACGGGGUCUCCCGAGGAGUCAGGGUCUGAUGAUGACGAACCUCCACCGCCGCCGCCCAGAGACACCGCCUCCUCGUCAGCUGAUGAUGAGGACGAUGAGGCACCACAACAGCCCGAGAGCGGCGGCGAGAACACCGAGACGCUGCGUCGUCGUCGCACGCGCGAGCUCGCCGAGCGCGUGUCCGUCAUGAAGAAGCGGGCGAGGGACGCGGAGAGAUGGCACGCCCUCAAGAGGUCACUAUACAAGCCACUCACCAUCACAUUCGGUUUCAUACUAGCCGGCAUCGUCAUUUACUCCUACGUCAAACACUAGGACUGCACACGGCGACGCGAACUGUAGGAGCGAGGCCAGAGUGACGCAGCUGCAUGUUUGAGAAUAUUGAUGCGUUGUUUCAAAGUUGACGGAGGAUGAAGUGGUAGGACGAAUGACGCGCUGUCACCGCCUUGUAUUGCGUUGUCGCGCGUCAGCGUCACUGCAACGCAGCAUUAUUUUUUUUUAAGUGAGACCGCACUAGGCGACACUACGUUGCAGCGGAGCGACGCGACACUUUACGUUCCAGUGUUUUAUGUCGCGUAGCGCCGCUGCCGCGAAGAGCAGCUUAGCUCAUACGUUUUCAUGGAAAGAAUAUUUGGCUGUGACGUGUCGUGUCGCUCCGUUGCAGCGAAGUGUCGCCGGUGCGGUCUCACUUAAAAGCUGAGCUGUGGCCUGUGUGGCUUUGCUCUCAUAGUUGUAAGCUGCGGCUUCGCUCGUUUUUCGUUCGCUAUCCAAAUUGUUCCUAAUGCAUAAUAAUUUCACACUUGACGACGUGAAUCGCUAAAGCUUAGAAUCAUUUGUGAUC